AUGGACACAAUUGCAAUUUUGGUUUGCUACAAUGGAAAAUGGGUAACCUCAAAGAAGAUGUGCACAUAUGAAGGGGGUGACACAAAAGGCAUAAUAGUUUCGCGAAACAUCACAUUUGGUGAGCUUUUGGAACGGGUACAUAAGAUUGUUAAUACAGACAACAGGGAAGUCAAGCUUUGUUUAAAGUUCUUAGUUUCAAUAUCCUCGAAUGAGUGUAAGCAUAUCAAGAUUGAGGACAAUGAUGAUGUUAAAUUUUUUAUUAAGUACAGUUGUGACGUAAUUCCUUCGAAAGUGGCUCCUUUACUGGUGAGCAUAGAAGACAAAGGAGUGACAAAUGUCGUAGGUGAUCGUAUGCAUAUCACGACGGAUAUGAGUCGAAUGGCCUGUUCUUCAAAUGCCAUAGUUGAAAGCAAUGGUGAUGUACAUGGUGAUUUUGGAACACAAUAUUUAGACAUGAUUGAUUUUACAGGGGUGGAGGGGGUGCAUAGUGGUGAUAAUGGUACGGAAAUGAAUGGCUUGCAAAUGCACUCAGCCCCUCCUAUUUUGGCCCAUUUGGAGACAUUUUCACAAGUGGGUGUGGUGGGUUCCGAAACAACGUCUGAACGUUCUAUUCGACAUAAUUGGAGGCAAAUGGGUGAACAAAACGUGCACAAUUUGGGUAUUGUAAAUGAAGAAGAAGAAGAUAUUGAAAGUGCGUAUUCACGGAAUAAUUGGGAUCCAAAAUUGGAAGUUGGGAAAAUUUUCUCUAGUAAGGAAGCCCUAUCCAACAAGUUACAGUUGGCGGCAGUAAGAGGUCACUUUGAAUUUAAGGUGAAGCAGUCUUGUAAGAGUCGAUUGGUUGUGGUUUGUUCUCAAGGUUCAUGCCCAUGGCGGCUUCGUGCAUCUAGUUAUGGAGAAAAGAACUUCAUGAUUGUGAAAUAUAAUCCGGUCCAUGAAUGUGAUAUGAGUUUUAUACAUGACAAGCAUCGUCACGCAAGUGCUAAACUCGUUGGUAAUGCAGUGAAGCGGAAAUUGAAAGAUUCUCGCACAAUAUACACACCAAGUGAUAUAAUCAGAGAUGUGAAACAAAACUUUGGUGUCACCAUUAAUUAUUGCAAAGCUUGGAGAUCGAGGGAGUUAGCUCUAAUGUCCACUAGAGGUUCAGUAGAGGAGGCAUAUUCUCUCCUUCCAGCUUAUUGUCAUGAAUUAGAACGUGUGAAUUCUGGCACAAGGACAUACAUCCACACCGAUGAGAACAAUCACUUUUUGUAUUUUUUUAUGGCUGUUGGGGCAUGUAUUAGAGGGUUUCAAUCUUCAAUGCGGCCAGUCAUUGCUGUGGAUGCCACGCAUUUAAAAUGUAAGUAUAAAGGUGUCCUCUUUGUUGCCAAUGCAUUUGACGGAAAUCGAAAUAUAUAUCCUCUUGCUUUUGGAAUUGGGGAUUUAGAGACGGAUGCAUCAUGGCAUUGGUUUUUCAGCAAGCUUCAUGAAGCUAUUGGUGAGUGUCCAAAUCUUGUGAUUAUUUCUGAUCGGAAUAUUAGCAUAGAAAAUGUGUGGCACAACAUUUUUCCAACGGCGCAACAUGGCAUAUGCUUUUACCAUAUGAAGGGGAACAUGAAACGCACUUUCAAAUUGAAAAAACGUGAUAAAUUAUUGCUAUACUUUGAACAAGCUGCGAAAUCUUAUGGUAUCGCUGAAUUUGAUCGUCAUUUUCACAAGAUCAAGGGCAAUGAUGAGGUUGCUCAAUAUCUUGAAAGUGCAGGAUUACACAAGUGGUCUAGAGCGCAUAUGGAUGGACGUCGAUACAAUGUAAUGACAACAAAUAUUGCGGAGUCAAUCAACUCAGUCCUUCGGUUCGCAAGGAUGCUACCUGUGCUGCAUUUGAUUGAUGAAAUCAUCAAUCUGCUUGUGAAAUGGUUUAGUAAACGUCGUGAUUUUGCUUUGAAAUGUACAUCAACAUUGUGCCCUGACUUUGGAGAGAAAAAGUUGAGACGCAGGUUGGAAUGUGCUUCAAGGAUGAAUGUUGUGAAACUGAAUCACGUAGAGUAUAAUGUCGUGGACGGUGAUAUGGACGGCCACGUACAUUUGACGAAUAACACUUGCAGUUGUAGGAAGUUUCAGCUUGAGCAACUACCUUGCAAGCAUGUAGUUGCAGUUUGCCGUUUCUUAAAACUAAAUGUAUACUCCAUGGCUUCUCGUUAUUACACUCGAAAUACAUGGUUGGAUGCUUAUUCAGAUACCAUCUACCCGGUACAGCCUCAAGAGUUGUGGGUUAUUCCUGAAGAUGUCCAAAGUAGAGUUGUGCGUCCUCCAAAUGCAAAGGUCAUGCCGGGUCGACGAAAAAAGUUAAGGAUUCCCUCGCAAGGAGAGGAUAUCAUAAGGAGAAAAUGCUCAAGGUGCAGUGGCACAGGCCACAAUAAAAGCACCUGUAAAAACAAUGUUCCACUACCUAAUGUUGGACAUGUAUUAUGA